CGAGUGGACUAAUAGAAUCAUAUUUGUACAAUUCUACUUGUGGCCCAAGGCAAAAAAAGGAAGCACUGUACUUUUUCCCCUCCAUUAAAAUAUUUCGCCGGGGAAAAACAGAGCGAGGCAGUCUCCUUUAAGACCAUGAAUGACGUCAGGAAAACUCUACCCGCCCGGUUUGCUGCUCUGGACUCCGGCCGGGAAAUUCUCCGGCUGUUGCGAUUAGCUCAGACAGAGCGAGCGGGCGGGCAGCUGGACGCCUCUGCCGGCUAGGGAGGAUCGUUGCACUUGUUAACAGGCGAACCAACUCCAGCGGGUAGGGCAGGUUGCGAACUUGCGAAGGCAGGAAGGAGGAAAGGGUAGCCACCCAGAUUCCGGCAGAGCGCUUAUCUCAGCGCGGGUACAUCCGAACUGGGGUGCUACUGUUCUGCUUGAUCCGGGGUCGCUCGUUUUAGCUUGGUGCCUUCGCCCAUGGCUCCUGCUCGCGCCCUCAGACACCUGAGCUUGGUGCUAGGAGCAGCUGUAGCCGCCCUGGGCUCCCUCCUCUUCAUCGCCUGGAAAAUCUACUUCCGAGACGUCAACGACAGUAGUAUCGGCUGGAGGGGACGCUGGGAACAGCAGCUGGAAGCGGAGCUAGGGCGCAGCAUUCCUAACGAGGAGGAGAAGCCACACUCCUGUGAGUAUCAGGUUUUGGUUCUAGGCUUGGAUGGUGCUGGAAAGAGCAGCAUUCUUCACUAUGUCUCCAGUACGGACACCAAUAAGUGCACAGCUCCCACUCAGGGCUUCAACUCAGUGCAGCUAUGGGCCAGUGGUUUUCAGAUGGACCUCCUGGAGGUUGGUGGCAGCAAGAAUCUACGCUUCUACUGGAACCAGUACUUGAGCAAAGCCCAUGUUUUGGUGUUUGUAGUGGAUUCUGCAGAUGGCCCACGCCUUCCCGCUGCUCGGCAGGAGCUCCACUGCUUGCUAGCCGAGGACCCUCAGCUUCCUUUGAUAGUGCUAGCCAACAAACAGGACAAGAGUGAUGCACUGAGUGAGGCAGAACUAUACAAGGAGCUGGCCUUGCAUACCUUGAAUGGCCAGAGGGAAUUCUUCCUCCUGCCCACAAGUGCUACUUCUGCUGGCCUGGCCACUCCAAACAGCGUUCUCCACCUCAAGAGCCUGCUGAUCAAACUCCUCGCACAAAUCUGAAGGUUCUUAAACAUCGCCAGGAUAUUCAAGUCAGAUGGACCUUCCAUGGCUUUAGUCCUUGCAGCAGCUACUUGAGAUGUUUUAUAUGUACAGUUGGGGAAUGAGCUGUCGGAGUCCUCAAGCUCCUUCUAGGUGUUACUUGAGCUCCCUUGCUCCAGGGGGCCCUAGUGCCAGUAUGGCCUCAGCCUGCUUCAGCUGUUCUGGAUAAGGAAGAAGAAAAGAGGCAUAGGACAUUGUUGACAGGGAUAACACCACUGUCUUGGGGGGCUGUUGCUGGGAGCUGCUGCUGUUGUACAGCCCACUAAGAACAUCCUAAAACUCUGCAGUAUUAAUACUCAGACUAGGAAGUAUCCCUUUGUCUUACAGGUUCUGCUGCCACCAGAUCUAUAGUAACAAAUAGGAAGAGGUGAAAGCAGUAAAUCUGCUGAGAAGGCAGAGCUUCCCUUUCUUUGUGUAUGGAAGGACUGAAACACAAUCGCUUUGGGGAAGUAACCCCCCACCCCCCAGCUGCCCUAUUCAACCUUAGAGUUAAUGAAGAGUGGGGGGCAAAGUGAGUCCAAAAGUCUUAUUGGCAUCUCAGCAGAACACGUGCAUGUAACUCUACUGCUGAGUUUGCCCCAGAAUAUUCGCACUUUUAAAAAAAGGCCUUUAUUGCACUCAUGUACAGAUCUCCCACUUGUAAGCAGCUAAGUUGCUUCUUCUCCAAGACAUCAGGUGCCCUUGAUCAGUUGUCAUUUUCUGCCAGAGUGAGCAUUUGGAGCAAUGGCCUGAUGAGGGGAAUGGCCCCUUGAGGCAUUUUUACAGCCAAUGCUGUAAAAUGCUUUGAACUGAAAUCAGUUCCCAACAGAUGGCUUCCAUCUAGUAUUCAAUACAAGUUUCAUUACCUGCUUGUUCUGAAAUAAUACUGAGCCAAGGCUGCUUAAGGGGGCUGGGAAACCCAUGCAUUAGUCUAGACUAGGGCUGCACAACUUUGGCCCUGCUGUUGCUGGAUUACAACUUCCUUCCUUUCUGACCAUUGUGACUAGGGAUGAAGGAAGUCGUAAUCCAACAGCCGGAGGGCCAAAGUUGUGCAGCCCUAGUCUAGCCAAACAUGUUUUCAUGUUUGGUGCUUUGUCACUCAACUUAGGAUAUCCAAGUUGUUCCUAGAGCAUCCGUGUACAGUCUGACCUGGAAACAAAGAGGAAGCUGUACAAAGUUUAUGGCCAGAUAGUGGUGCUUGUAAAAUGACACAGGCAGGCCACUCCAAUUAGGACACAAACUUGUAUAGCAUUUUAACCACCUGUGUGGAGUUAAGCUGGCCUUUGUCCAAAAGCCAAUCUUGCCCUCAGAGGAAGAAAUGCUCAGCCAAACUUAUUAAAGCAUCUUCCUUAACAUGAGACAAAGUCAGCUGAUGCACUUUUUCUUACACACAUUUGCUGCCUUCCUGGUUUUUCCCUUCCCGCUGGGCAAGAGAAUAGUAGUAUUUCUUGAGUUUGGGCUAGGCUUGGCUCCUGUAGAACUUGACUACCUCUCUCCCAGUCCCCAUUGUUUUUAUUUAACUGCUUAACACAGGAAGCUUGUUUUGUGGCAGUAGACCCUGACCUGUAUGAAAAGGAUAACUUGUGACUAAUUGUUUGCACUUUAUUUACACUUAUUUUCUCUCCUUCUGUACCAAUAAACCUUGAAUUUUUACCUCA